CGGUGGCGGGGCCGGUGCGAGCGGGUGUGCGGCCCGUGCUGGAAGCUGCCCAGAGGAGCGCGGCUCAGGGAAGGCGACUGGCAGAGGGGGAGCGCGCGGGCGCGACAGCAAACCCCGGAGCGCCCCGGCCUCGGCGUCCCCACGGCCCCCGGGCCGGCACCUCGUAGGACCCGCUGCCACGCGCGCCGAGCCGACCCGAGCCCACUCAUGAAGCCGCCCGCGGCGCAGAGCAGCCCCGCGGCCGCCGCGGCCGCAGCCCCGGCCUUGGACUCCGCGGCCGCCGGGGACCUGACGGACGCGCUGUGCGAGUUCGACGCGGUGCUGGCCGACUUCGCGUCGCCCUUCCGCGAGCGCCACUUCCACUAUGAGGAGCACCUGGAGCGCAUGAAGCGGCGGAGCAGCGCCAGCGUUAGCGACAGCAGCGGCUUCAGCGACUCCGAGAGUGCAGAUUCGCUCUAUAGAAACAGCUUCAGCUUCAGUGAUGAAAAACUGAACUCUCCAACAGACUCUGCGCCGGGUCUGCUGUCGCCCACUGGCGCCCCUCGGAAAGCCAAGCUCGGAGACACAAAAGAGCUAGAAGACUUUAUUGCUGACCUUGACAGAACAUUAGCAACUAUGUAAAAAGAGGAGACGUUCUGGGUCCUUCCAUCAUAACGAAGAAGCUUGAAAGCUCUGAGGACCUGCUAAACUCAGCUACAGAAUUUGCUGCCAGAAGGGACAGAAAUGAAUACUCACCUACCACCCCCAGGCCAUUCUCUGGCUCAUCCUAAAACCAGCCUUUGGGCUCACCUCUGGGCAAUUUCGACAGUGAAACUGACUUUGUUUACCUGCUUGCAGUGUAUUAGAACAGACCACCCAUGCUAAUAUUGUAUUUUCACUUAAAAUGCAGCUUUCCUGUAAUUUAAAGUGCUUUCAUGAACAUAUUUGUAAUUAAUUAUGUAUAGUUGGAAACAGUGAUAUGCUUUCCCCAUCAUAAUAUAUUUUUGUAUGCAAAUAAAAUUUGGACUAGAGUCUG